GCGCAGCCGCGGUCCUUCCAUUUUGUGCGGCUAAGCUAACGCUAGCUUGUCCCGUUUUGCGGCAGAGAUGGACGACGGUGACGAGCCGGCCUUGGUCCUGUCGCACGGCACCUCUUCCGGCUCCAAGUCGGCCGGGGACAAGAUGUUCUCCCUGAAGAAGUGGAACGCAGUAGCCAUGUGGAGCUGGGACGUGGAGUGCGACACCUGCGCCAUUUGUCGGGUGCAAGUGAUGGACGCGUGUCUUCGGUGCCAGGCGGAGAAUAAGCAAGAGGACUGUGUUGUCGUGUGGGGAGAGUGCAACCACUCCUUCCACAACUGCUGCAUGUCGCUCUGGGUGAAGCAGAACAACCGCUGUCCCCUCUGCCAACAGGACUGGGUGGUUCAGAGGAUCGGCAAAUAAGCCCAGCGCCCAGGCGGAUUGUGCAGGAAUGCACCAGAGAAUGGCGACAGACUUCAUCCAGCGUGUCCUGUGGCGUCCUCUCCCCCAACGAUUGCAUGUUUCCGUUAUACCUGGUGUCAAAGGAGGACAGUGGACACAGUUAGAGCUGCGCAGAUUCGUGGCUGAAGGGAUCCCGCGUCAGGAAGAGACGAAUAAAAGUGUGUUGGAGCGUCACGUGUUAGCUUUACAGUAAUGUGUUGUGGUGUUUUGGCACGUCCUGAAAAGGAGGGUUUCUUUUCUUUUUUUUUAACAAUAAAGAACUGUGAAUGGGUUGGAUUCAGGCGUUUAAAAUAAAAAGUCCUAUCAAUAAGUGUGAAAA